UGCAGACUGGGGAGGGGGAAGCAGGGAAAACGGUGAAGUCAGAACAGGCUGGGGGAAGAGGCCGAUGUUCAGGAGACUGGGAAACGGCACCAGAGGUCCAGCGUCUGCGACGGGACACCUGGGCUACCAUUUCAGGCAGCAGCAUGGUGAGGGUCUCGGAGGGAGGGCAGCCUUCUCUUUUCCACCCCCCACUGAGGAACGCUGCAGUUCUGAUCGUGGGGCACCUCCUUCCAGGGCUGGGCUGAAGCCUAGGCACCCCAGCUGCUGGCCUCGGGGUGGGGGGGCAGGAUCAUGUCUGCUGACAAAGGCUGGCCGGUGCCCCCCGAAGGUGAGGACAGCGUGUCUGAGAAGCUCCUGAGGAAGACCAGGGAGUCUCCCCUGGUGCCUAUAGGCCUAGGAGGCUGCCUGGUGGUGGCGGCCUACAGGAUUUACCGGCUGAAGGCUCGCGGCACCACCAGGAUGUCCAUACACCUGAUUCACACCCGCGUGGCGGCGCAGGCCUGCGCGGUGGGCGCCAUCAUGCUGGGUGCCGUGUACACCAUGUACAGAGACUACAUCAAGAGAACAGCGCAGGAUGCGGGGGGAAAGUAGGUUCCCACGGCCCAGGGCGGACAGACCCUCCCAAGGACCCCUGCCACGUUCCUAAUAAAGGAGUUUCGCAGA